ACCCCCCAAAAUCCCUCCCCCAAGGUUUGGGAUCUGCUGCAAUUCCGUCCUACCGGGAUUUAUCGUCACCCCCAUGACGGACAAAGUGCCCCCAAAAGUGCUGGACAAGUUCACAGGGAUGGUGCCACUGGGACGACUGGGGGACCCUGAGGACGUGGUAGACAUGGUGACUUUCCUGGUGUCGGGGGACAGCGGCUACGUCACCGGGGCCACCCUGGAGGUGACAGGUGGGGACCCCCCAUGUCCCCAGUGUCCCCCCAGUGUGUCCCCUCAAUGUCCCCCCAAUGUCCCCCCUUUCCCUCUCUCAUUCCAGGGGGUCUCUUCAUGUGACGGAUCCAGCCUUUCCCCCCGAUGUCCCCCCAAUGGGGGGAGAGGGGCAGACUUCAAAAUUUAGGGGGAAUAAAGGGGAGGGAGCCCAAAAUUUGGGGUGUUGAGGUUGGGAGUCUAAAAAUGGGGGGAAGAAGAAAGGGGGGGCCCCUAAAAUUUGGGGAGAUUGAGGGGCAGGACUCAAAAAUUUGGGGAGGAGACCUCAACAUUUGGGGGGAUAAAGGGGGAGACCCCAAAAUUUGGGGGG